CUCGCCCGCACCUAAGGACCGCUGAUGAAGAUGGCCGCCCUCGCUGCUGUCUCGCCUGUGAUUUUCCUUGUUUUGUGCUUCCAAGUGCAACAAGUGCUAUCAGUGGUGUGGUGUGAUUCCAUCUCGUACUGCCAAGACGGGUACUACUGCUGCAACGAUGGUUACUGCUGCUACUACCUCAGUGCCGGAGCUAUCGCGGGCAUAGUGAUUGCAAUCCUACUGAUAAUAGGCCUCGCCAUCGGCAUCAGGAUCUGGAAGCACAAGAAGUCCAAAGCCGCGGUUCGUGUGGUGAUUGUGCCAGGGAACUCGGUGGGAGCCACCGCGCCACCCACGUGAGGCGACGUCGGACGGCGCGUGGAGAGAAGUGGGCGACGCGCCUCACCGCUCCAUCGCGGGCAGCUGCCGCCUUGCUGGUGCUCUCAUUCGCAUAUCUCAUCGAUAUAAUCUGCAAUACACGACUCUUAGACUAACUAUUUAUUUAUAUAUUAAGUUCUUCACAGUACUGUCUUUCUUUCUCAAUUUUUACGUAUAUUUCCACAUUGUUAAAAGGAUUUUUAAUAAAUGAAUUUAAUAUAAACCUUCAGAA